UAACACCCUAAAUGACACCAACGUGCAAUAUGACUCACAAACAAGUAUUACUUCCGCCUCCCAUACAAUAUACUCCCCCGUCCCGUAAAACACUUCCUCUUUCUUUUUUUAUCCGUCCCUUAAAACUCUUCCCAUUUCCUUGAAAAAGACUUAUUUGCCCCUCCACCCAAACCCUACCCAUUCAGUACCUGACCAGCCACCACGAAUCACUUCACCGAUUCCCACACCUUCUUCGUCUCUCUCUAGAUCUGCGUUUUACUCUUCCUCCUCUCCAGAUCUAAGUUCCUCUCUUCCUCUUCUCUAUAUCUAAAUCUAAUCUUCUCUCUCGAAAAAUAGAUCUAAAGGUCCUGAACUUCAGAUCUUCUUCUCUUUGCCUUGAUCCGAUGUUAUCUCGCGAUCCUUCGAUGCCCAGUUUUCAACUUUUGAGUGAUAGUGAUGAUGAGGCACUUCCUAGAUAUGGAUCCCCUCCUCCAUCUAAGGUGACAUUGCAGGAGUCGUCGACAGUGACGGUGUACUCGUGGACCGGCCUCGACAGGAACGGCGGCAGGUGGACAAGGAGAUCGCAGACGCAUUCGUCGUCGACCUCCUUGAGCCACCUGCAGCAGUCCUUCUCCACGCGGGACUGGUGGUGGUGGUGGCGGCGGUUGUGCCUCCUCCUGUGCCUCCGCCGGUUCCGCCUGCUGGGCGGGGACGACGGGGGCGGGUGCGGCGGGGACGGCGUGUACGGCAGGAGCGCGCACGCGUGGUUCACCAGCGUGAACUGCGACGUGCAGAGCGGGCGUUGCGCCACCACUGGCGACACCCACUUGCUGUCCCUCGCGGGCCCCGCCCCCGAGGAACGCGCGGCCGCCAGCAGAGACACUAGUGAUAGGAAUGCUGCCGCCGAUGAUGAUGCUUUCAUGAAAGACGAAAUGGCCGGCGGUCAGGAUAUAAUGCUCUCAGCCUCGAUCAACCUUUUGUCUGCAAUUGCAUUCUUGGUGGCCUUCGCCAUUCUGCGGCUCCAGCCCUUCAAUGAUAGGGUAUACUUCCCUAAAUGGUACUUGAAGGGCAUACGAGCGAGCCCCAGAAGUUCGGGCCCGCUCGUCCGCAAAUUUGUCAAUUUAGAUUUCAGGACGUACAUCCGGUUCUUGAACUGGAUGCCCGCCGCGCUCCGGAUGCCCCAGCCCGAGCUCAUCGAUCAUGCCGGUCUCGAUUCCGCCGUCUACAUUAGGAUUUAUCUUCUUGGACUGAAGAUAUUUGUUCCAAUCACAAUUCUGGCAUUUGCGGUCUUGGUUCCUGUGAAUUGGACAGGUGAAUCGUUGCAAAAUCACAAGGACUUGACGUAUGAUGGCAUUGAUAAGCUUUCGAUCUCAAACAUUGAUUCGGGGUCAAUUAGGUUAUGGGCACACAUUUCAAUGGCUUAUAUGUUCACAUUUUGGACCUUCUAUGUCUUGUACAAAGAGUACAAGAUUGUGUCUACCUUGAGGUUGCAAUUCUUGGCUUCUACAAAUCGUAGUCCUGAUCAGUUCACUGUCCUUGUGAGAAAUGUCCCUCCUGACCUUGAUGAAUCUGUUAGUGAGCAUGUUGAGCAUUUCUUCUGUGUAAACCAUCCAGAUCAUUACCUUAUACACCAGGUUGUAUACAAUGCAAACAACCUUGCAACAUUGGUGGAGAAAAAGAAGAACAUGUCAAACUGGCUCACUUACUACCAAACCAAAUUUGAGAGAAAUCCUAAAAUAAAGCCCAAAACAAAGACAGGACCUUGGGGCCUUGUGGGAACAACUGUUGAUGCCAUUGAGUACUACACUUCUGAAAUAAAGAAGUUGAGUGAAGAAGAAGAGGUGGAAAGAGAGAAAGUGUUGAGCGAUCCAAAGGCGAUAAUGCCAGCAGCGUUCGUCUCGUUUUCGUCACGGUGGGGAGCAGCGGUGUGUGCCCAAACGCAGCAGACGAGCAACCCGACCGUCUGGCUGACCGAAUGGGCACCCGAACCGCGAGACGUCUAUUGGAACAAUCUUUCCAUUCCAUAUGUGGAACUCAACAUAAGAAGGUUGUUCAUGGGAGUUGCACUCUUCUUCCUCACCUUCUUCUUCAUGAUCCCCAUUGCUUUCAUUCAGUCUCUUGCAAGCAUUGAAGGCAUCGAAAAGGUCUUUCCUUUCUUGAAGAAAUUGAUUGAAAUGGACAUAGUGAAGUCUUUUGUCCAGGGAUUUCUUCCUGGAAUAGCAUUGAAGAUAUUUCUGAUAAUCCUUCCCUCAAUUCUAAUGGCAAUGUCGAAAAUAGAAGGCUUCACAUCACUCUCCUCUCUGGAGAGAAGAUCGGCCGGAAAAUACCAUCUCUUCCUCUUCGUCAACGUCUUCCUCGGAAGCAUCAUCACCGGAGCUGCUUUCGAGCAGCUCCAGACAUUCAUGAACCAGUCGCCGACCGAGAUCCCGAGGACGGUCGGCGUGGCCAUCCCCAUCAAAGCCACCUUCUUCAUCACCUACGUGAUGGUCGACGGUUGGUCUGGGAUCGCCGCGGAGAUCCUCAGGCUGACGCCGUUGAUCAUGUUUCAUAUCAAGAAUAGCUUUCUCGUGAAGACUGAGCGGGACAGGGAGCAAGCCAUGGACCCGGGGUCCAUAACGCUUGCCACCUCUGAACCUCGCAUACAGUUGUACUUCUUAUUGGGACUUGUCUAUUCUGUGGUCACUCCUGUUCUCCUCCCUUUCAUCGUCGUCUUCUUCGCCUUCGCCUAUCUAGUUUUCCGCCAUCAGAUCAUCAAUGUGUAUGAUCAAAAGUACGAGAGCGGGGCAGCGUUUUGGCCCGACGUGCAUUUCAGAAUAAUCAUAGGGAUGAUAACAUCACAAAUUCUCCUUAUGGGGCUGAUGAACACCAAAGGCAUUUCCAGUUCAACUCCAGUCAUUUUGGUUCUUCCAGUUUUGACCAUCUGGUUCCAUCGCGUUUGCAAGGGCCGAUUCGAAUCCGCUUUCGUCAAGUUCCCACUCCAGGACGCGAUGGUGAGAGACACGUUGGAAAGGGCGACGGAACCGAACUUGAACCUGAAGAUGUAUCUGAAAGAUGCUUAUGUUCACCCGGUGUUUAAGGGCGGCGGCGAGGAGGCGGAGAGGGGAGUUGCCGGCGGUGUUACAGCGGCGGAUGAGGAAGAGAACAGUCCGCUGGUGUCCACCAAGAGAAGUUCCCAUAAGGGCAGCAAGAGAGAGUCCCAUGCCAGCACCUCCACUGCUCCUCCCAACUAAUUACCCAGUAUUAGCUUACUAAUUACGGAGUAUUGACUGAUUAUAGCUUCUUCAUAUAGAACUGCAUGCAUGCAUUGCGCGUUAAUUACUUUUAU